UUCUUUCUUCAACUACUACAUGCCACUGAAUGAAUGUUAGGUUUCGUUUUGAGCUCCCCAAGUGAAAUAAAUAUGGUUUUUGCCUCGGACAAGGAACUGCAGGAGAGAGACAAAAGCCAAGAUGAUGAAACCUACAACAAAAUCAAUUCAGAGAGUUGGUCGUUUCUUAAGGAAGAGCAUUGGGAGCAUCAAGUCCACUAUCUGCUUUGGCAAAUACCACAACUUACCUAACAACACUCCUCUCUUGAGCCCCUUCUCAUGCAGUCUUCGCCGACGCUGUCCAGAAGAUUCUCAAACCGAAGAAACCUACAGCGUUAUCUCUUGUGAGAGCACGGCCGUUGCAGAAACUAGAGAGGAGAGUCCCAACAAGAACCAACUUAAAAAGAAACAGAAGAAGAAGAAAGUUUCAGAGCCAUUCGAGGAGGCAAAGAGAAGAGGUGACUUGUUGGCUCAAAAGAUGAAAGAUCUCAACAUGGUGGAUCUGAGAGACGUGGACCAUGCAUUGGAUGUACGGGAAGCGCUUCGAUGCUAUUCAAGCAUCAGAAGCCCUGUCUACCUCGACAUUGUUGACAAUUUCUUCACAGACAUGUACUACGAGUUCUCUGAUCCACGCACCUCUUCCAGUAUUAACAACGGUUCCAGAAGAAAAGCAGGCUCCUUCAGGCUCUAAGACGACCCUCUCCAUCAGCUUUGCUUUCAGGGCACGGCGAAGGUAUCUUCGUUUAGAGUAUGCACUUCUUAGGAAGAGUUUGUUAUCCAUUACGCAGCACAUAUAUAUUUUACUAUUACCUCUUUGGUCAAUUUACCUGUCACCCUCAGUUACUACCUCAUCUUUAGUCUACGCACGUUAUCAAUGCAGCAUAUUUUACUCUUCAA